AUGGCAGAUGGAGAUGUGAAUAUCUCCAUUGAUGAAACCAUCAAAGGUCUUCUAAAUUCUGUACAAAACCGAAGUCCUAUCGACCUAUUUUCAACAUGUAUUGACAUUGCUCCUAGUGGCCUUCGGGAUCUCAGCCCUUCUUCUUUCAACCCUAGGGUGGUCUCCAUAGGUCCUCUUCACAAAGAAAACGAAAAUCUGAAAGCAUUUGAAGGCCAGAAAGCAACUUAUGUCCAUGAACUAUUGCAUCCUCUCGAUUCCCCAGUCGAGCAAACACUAAAAGAAUGUGUGCUGAAGGUGGCUUUUUCAGUAGACAGAAUCAGAGCAUCCUAUACCCCGAAGAUCACCUAUACUGACAUGGAACUUGCCAAAAUGAUGAUCCCUUUCUUUAUUCUUCAAGACAUUUUCGACUGCACAAUCUUGAAAUCCAAACCUGCAGCCUCUCUAACUGAUCUUAUCCUUCAACUCAUACAAGUUUUCAACGCCUUUCAAUCAAACAUAACAAUCAGCAACGUUUACCCAUUUGUACCUCUUGAUCAUAUUCUUGGUUUUCUUGAUAGGUGUUACUGGCCAUCAGUGGAAUACUCUCCUUCACAAGGAUUACCAAGUUCAGCAAUCCACUCGACUGUAGAACUGGAGAGAGCAGGGAUGAUCUUUCAAUGUAAUCAAGAUCAUGAAAGAUGGCAAAUGGAUAUGGAGUUCAAAUCUUCUAAGUUUUCAUGUUUUUCGUGGUGUUGGGGGAAGCCUACUCUAAGAAUGCCAGUAUUGCGUAUUGACAACUUCACUGAGUUGAUUUUAAGGAACCUCAUUGCUUAUGAGCAGUCUUCUGGAUUUCGUACUUAUGUCACCUCGUAUGCUAUGGCCAUGGAUAUGCUAGUCGAUAAUCAAGAAGACAUUGCAAAGUUAAUAGACUCAAAAGUCGUUGUCAACCAUUUAGGUUCAAAUGAAAAGGCUGCAAAUAUGAUGAAUAGUCUUUGCAAAGAACUUCCCUUAUUAAGUUUCUAUUACAUUGAUAUCUGGCGACAAAUGGAUACCCACUACAAUAGUUAUUGGCCCAAAAAUAUAUCGGCUUUGAAGCGUACAUAUUUCAGUAGUCCAUGGAAUAUGAUUGCUCUACUUGCUGGUAUUGCCCUCUUUGCUCUUACCAUAGUUCAGACCAUAUAUACUGUCAAUGCCGCAUAG